AUGGCGGAUAGCAAGCGAAAUGUCUCGAUAAAUUUUGAAGAAGUUUCCAUAAAGUUGAAGAAAUUGGCAGGAAUCUUCAAGAAAUUCGAAAAUGAACGAUUAGACGUGAUUUUUGUGUGCACAGGAAAAACACAAAGCGAUGCCAAUGCAACCUCUUCAGAAAUGCUACAGUUGUGGCUAACUGGCUUUCAAUUUCCUGAGACACUAUUUGCCUUAAAGCCUAGCGGGAUAUGGUUCAUAUUAACUUCGCCAAAGAAAGCUUCCUAUUUGGAACCGGUAUCAAAGCACUAUGAGGAUGUUAGAAUUUUACAUCGUGUCCCCGGACAAACUGAUGAAGAGUCGUUGAAAAAAAUUUUCGAAGAUACAAGUGACCCAGUGAUUGGUGUAUUGAAUGGCCCUAAACCCAUAGGAGAGUUUGCAGAAUACUGUAUGAAAUACAUAGAAGGGAAACAAACAAAGGAUAUUAGCAAGGAAAUUUCCAGCUUAAUGGCAGUCCGCACAAAAGUAGAAUUGGAGAUACAAAAACAAUCGGCUCAUCUGGCAUGUGGAGUUAUGAAAAGCUUGCUCAUAAAUCAGAUUGAAAAUAUACUGGACUCAGAAACAAAAACUCCGCAUUCUAGCAUUGUUUCUCAGGCUUUAGAAAUUCACAAUGAUGCCAAAUUUAUUGAAAAGAUGGAAAAGAAAUUUUCAAUGAACAAAAAUGAUAUGGAGAUUAUAUAUGGAAAUGUUCAAAGUGGAAAAAAUUUCUCUCUAACGAUUGGAGUGAAACCCACGGACGACCAUCUUUCGCAUGAUCCUGGAAGCAUCAUUGUAUCAGUGUGUUCAAAAUACUCAGAAUUAUGUGCCUGCCUUACUAGAACACUGAUAUUGGAUGGAACAGCUCACCAUAAAGACGUGUACAAAUUUGCAGUUCGAGUUUUUGAGUUUGCUCUAACAAAGCUAAAGCCUGGAGUUACUUUUGGAUCGAUUUACAGAAAUGUUUAUGAUUUUGUACGUAAAGAAAAGGACGGAUAUGAGAACAAUAUGAUGAGAACUUUGGGUCACACCAUUGGUAUUGAGUUUAAAGACGCAAAUUUUACAAUCAUUGACGGUAAUGAGUCAUGCAUUAUCGAGGAGGACAUGGUAUUCCACAUUUCUGUAGGGUUCAACAAUUUAGGAGAAGGUAGUGGAAAUUUUGCAAUAUGGAUUGGAGAUACGGUACACGUAGCUCCAAGUGGUGCUAAUGUUUUAACAUCUUCAGUAAGCAAGGGCCUUGAAAAUAUAUCCUAUGAGCUGGAAGAUGAAGAAGAGGAUGAUGAGGAUGCUAAAGAUGAGGUUGAGGACAAGGAAAAGAAACCUGUUGUCUCAUCGCAAAUUUUGAAAGAUGCGGAUUCGGUCAUCCUAAAAGAGAGAUUGAGAAGUAGAGGUGGACCCCAAACUACUGAGGAUCAUGACAAAAUGGUUGAAAAACAAAAGGAGUUGCGAAACAAAAAGAUUGAGGAAAUUAGUAAUAGACUGAAAGAUGGAGGUGGCUUGGGCGGUGGUAAUAAACAAAAAGAGGUUAUAAAAAUGGAUAAAAUCCGCGCAUUUUCUAGCCCUGACUCAUUCUCAAAGGAACUAGUUCCUCACAAAAUUUACGUUGAUGGGAGGAAUGAUGUUGUCAUGUUGCCCAUAAAUGGGUAUCAUUUACCUUUUAGUGUCAUGAUAAUAAAGAACGUUACAUGCACCCCAGAGGAGAAUAAUAACGUUCACACACUACGUAUAAACUUCCAAGUACCAGGAUCACAUACUUAUACAUCCAGAAACGAGGUUAAUCCAUUGCCAGACCUCCCACAAGAAAACUCAAUUUUUAUCAAGGAAGUAUUAUACAAGUCAAAAGAUGCGAAGCAUAUUCAAAACGUAUUCCGAAGUAUAAAGGAACUGAUAAAACAAAUGAAGCAGCGUGAGAGCGAUGACUCCACCUUGACACUUGCAGAUCAAGAGAAAUUGACCCUCAAUAAGACAGGUCGUAGAGUUGUACUAAAAGAUCUUAUGGUAAGACCUAAUAUUCAUGGGUCUAGGAGGAUUAUUGGCUUCCUUGAAGCUCACCAUAACGGAUUGAGGUACAUUGUCAACACACGUGACCGUGUAGAUAACGUAGACAUCACUUAUUCUAAUAUUCGCCAUGCAAUAUUCCAACCUUGUGACCGUGAACUAAUUGUACUGUUGCACUUUCACUUGAAGCACCCGAUUGUUGUUGGAAAGAGAAAGACCCUAGAUAUUCAAUUUUACUGCGAAGUUGGCACCCAAAUUGAUGAUUUAGACAACAGACGUGGUCGUUCGUAUAAUGACCCAGACGAAACAUUGGAAGAAAUGAGAGAAAGGGAACUUAAAAGGAAACUGAAUUCGGAUUUUAAGAACUUUGUUUCACAGAUUAGAGAGUUUUCAUCCAUUUCAAUCGAUCUCCCAUAUAGGGAACUCAUGUUUACUGGUGUCCCUUUGAAAUCAAAUGUCGAACUUCUACCUACAGCAAAUUGUUUGGUCCACUUGGUUGAAUGGCCUCCAUUUGUAUUGUCUCUAAAUGACAUUGAGAUUGUCUCUCUGGAAAGAGUUCAGCAUGGUUUGAGGAACUUUGAUAUGGUCUUUGUCAACAAGGAUUACUCCAAGCCUGUUAAGAGAGUUGAUUUGAUUCCUGUGGAAUAUCUUGAUGUUAUCAAGCGUUGGCUAAACGAGUUGGAGAUAGUAUGGUAUGAAGGCAAAAACAACUUGCAAUGGGUCAACAUUCUAAAGACAAUUUUAGAGGAUGCAGAAGCCUUUGUAGAGAAUGGAGGCUUUGAGGGUUUCCUGGGAGAAGAUGAUGAAGAGGAAGAAUCUGUUGACGAUGAGACAGAUGAAGAAUACAACGCAGAAGACAGUGAAGAGGAGGCAGAGAACGAUGAUGACGAAGAAUAUAGCGACGGAGAUGAUGAAUCAUUGGCUGACGAAGAUGAGGAUGAGGAAGAAUAUGUUGAUGAUGAGGAUGACGAUGAAGGGCUCUCUUGGGAUGAGCUGGAAGAGAGAGCGAAAAAGGCCGACGACAAGACGUCAUUUGACGAUUCCAGAAAUGCCAAGAGAAGAAAGUAA